AUGAGCAAGGCUCUGCUUGCCUUCGUUUGGAUUGCCGGUCCUUUGACAGGAACUCUCGUUCAACCCUAUAUCGGGAUCUGCAGUGAUAAUUGUCGCUCAUCCUGGGGGAAGCGGAAGCCAUUUAUGGUGGUUGGUGGUGCAGCUAGCGUUAUCUCUCUGCUUGCCUUGGCCUGGGUCCGAGAGCUCACAGAAGGUCUUCUGGUAAUAUUCGAUGUGGAACCGGGCUCAGAUGCAUCUCAGACAGUGGUUAUUGUGUUAGCCACUAUCCUGAUGUACUGCUUGGACUUUUCUGUAAAUACCGUUCAAGCAGGUAUUCGGUGCUUCAUUGUCGAUAAUGCGCCCUCGCACCAGCAGGAAUCGGCGAACGCGUGGGCCAGUCGCCUAACGGGACUAGGCAACAUUCUUGGAUAUAUUUUUGGAUACGUGGAUUUGCCCAAAUACUUCCCAUUUCUGGGCAACACGCAGUUUAAAGUGCUGUGCUCUUUAGCAUCACUAUCGCUCAUCUGUACAUUGUUGGUCAGUUGUCUAUACAUCAAAGAACGAGACCCACGACUGGAAGCGCCUCCCUCCUCCGGAAACCCAGGCUUGGUCACCUUCUUCAAGCAGGUUUUCAAGUCGAUCCGGUUUUUACCGCCGGAGAUAGCAAAGGUGUGCGAGGUUCAGUUGGCCGCCUGGGUCGGUUGGUUUCCUUUCUUAUUCUAUUCGACCACAUACAUUGGACAGCUGUUUGUCAAUCCGAUUUUCGAAGCACACCCGGGCUUGUCGAACGGUGACAUCAACAAGGCAUGGGAGGAAGCCACCCGAAUCGGGACCUUUGCUCUCCUUGUCUUCGCCAUCAUCUCGUUUGUGGCCAAUUUAACGCUGCCGAUGCUUGUUGUCCCCACUUACAAGCCGGUCGUUGCCGCCGUGUCUGAGGCGUCAGACGAUCAGAUGGAGGAGGAGCCUUUCCUGCGACGAUCAUCUUCAAUCGGAACGGCAAUGGAAGCGCCUACCGGCAUUUCUCCCGACUCCAAAGGUGGAUAUGAAGAAGGCGGCGGGUGGCUCUCUAAAUUACAGAUUCCCGGAUUUACCCUCCGCCGCGCCUGGCUACUGUCUCAUGUGAACUUUGCCAUCCUCAUGUUCAGUACGUUCUUCAUAUCGUCGUACCAAGCCGCCACGGUGGUAGUCGGUCUUGUUGGCAUCUCGUGGGCGUUGACGUUGUGGGCGCCCUUUGCCCUGAUCUCUGCGGAAGUGUCGCGCAUUGACACUGAACGCCGGAUUCGACGCCAGCAGGCUGACGGCACGGUACCCGGCGCAAGCGUCUCCGCUCAUCCCACUACGGUCGGGGAUGAUCUGGAACAUGGACAUACCUUGUCCUCUGACAAAGGAGAAGAGGAGGAGAAUCUGGCGCAGGCGGGGAUUAUCCUUGGACUUCACAAUGUUGCUGUAUCGGCGCCUCAGAUUCUCUCGAGUCUGAUCUCCAGUGCCAUCUUCAAGGCCUUCCAGAAGCCUCGCGGGGAGCCGUGGGAUGACAGUAGAGCGGUGGACUCUGACACGGAUCCCGACGAUGCCGAUGCACCUGAGGCCGGCACCAAGGAGUUCUUCAGCUCCUGGGCGCUUUUCAUCCUGAUCAUGCUGUUGAUGUUCGCGCUCUUCACCAGUUACAUCCUACAACAGAAGAAGAUCCAAGCGGUCCACGAAACAGUAUUGUCCAUCUUCGCGGGCAUGUUUGUCGGCCUGAUCAUCCGGUUGAGUCCUGAAUCACCCAUUCAGGACAGUGUCGCGUUUGACUACCAGUUUUUUUUCAACCUCCUCCUUCCCCCAAUCAUUCUGGCCUCGGGUUACGAAUUACACCAAGCGAACUUUUUUCGAAACAUCGGCACUAUAUUGACCUUUGCUUUCGCGGGAACCUUCAUCUCCGCCAUCGUGCUGGGGUUGAUUCUGUUCGUCUGGACGAGAAUCCCAUUGGAUGGGCUGGAUAUGACCUUCGUCGAGGCGAUCUCGGUGGGUGCUACCUUAUCCGCGACGGAUCCAGUUACCAUCCUAGCCAUUUUCAACCUAUACAAGGUCGAGCCCAAGCUUUACACAGUCAUUUUUGGCGAAUCAAUCCUGAACGAUGCCAUUGCCAUCGUCCUCUUCGAGACCGCCCAGAAGUAUGCCGAUAGUGAGGCAAGCUCUCUGACUUUCUUGAAUCUGUUCGAAGCUAUCGGGCUGUUCUUGCUCGUCUUCUUUGGAAGUAUGAUUGUUGGCGUCAUCGUGGGAAUCAUGACCGCUCUUGGCCUCAAAUAUACCCAUGUCAGACGCCAGCCGAAAAUUGAGAGUUGCCUAAUCGUGCUUAUCGCCUAUGCCAGCUACUUCUUCUCCAACGGUGUCUAUCUUUCGGGCAUUGUGUCUCUCCUUUUCUGCGGCAUCACUAUGAAGCAUUAUGCAUACUACAACAUGUCCCGUCGGACGCAGUUGACGACGAAGUAUCUCUUCCAGGUAAUGGCGCAAUUAUCUGAGAACUUUAUCUUCAUCUACCUUGGCUUGGACCUGCUGGUCCAGCGGAACUUACAAUUCAAACCUUUGUUCAUUCUGGUCGCCGUUUUCGGUAUCUGUAUCGCACGAUACCUGGCGGUGUUCCCCCUGUCUCGAGCGAUCAACUGGUUCAUCAGAUACAGGGCUCGACGCCGUGGCAUGGACGUUGCAGAUGAGCUUCCCUUUGCUUACCAAGCCAUGCUGUUCUGGGCUGGUUUGCGUGGAGCUGUCGGCGUAGCUUUGGCCGCAGGCCUCAAAGGUGUCAAUGCACCGGCGUUGCGAGCGACGGUUCUCGUGGUUGUCGUGUUGACCGUGAUUAUCUUCGGUGGCACAACCGCUCGCAUGCUCGAAAUCCUCGGUAUCCGAACGGGGGUGGUGGAGGAAAUCGAGUCGGACGAUGAAUUUGAUAUUGAAGUGACCAAUGGUGGCACAUAUUAUAAGCGCUCUGAUACAGGCUUGGGAUACACUCCCCGCCGAAUGGAUUCCACCAUUCCUUUGGAUGGCGUGACACGGGGCGACCUCGGCCGCCACGACAGCUAUUCCAGUGGCAAUAAUCGUCGUCCCAGCCCCCCGCCGUCUGGCUCCCGAGGACACUCUCGAAUGUACUCGAAUGCCUACAGUCAGCGAGAUACCGCUCGCGACCGGUCCUCGACGGCCACUUUAUUGGGUAGUCGACCUCGGACACACAGCGAGAGCAGCGCGGCAAGUGAAGAUGAGUUCGGGUUGAAGAACAAUGGCAACGGUCGUGCAACAGAUGCCGAUCAGCUCGAUGCCUUCGAUCUCGAUGUGGGUGAUGCGCCCUCGGACGACGACCUCCCCCCUUCAGCUCCCACUUCUCGCCUGCGACGGUCUCCCUCGCAACCCCAACAGUACCUUGAGGAACCUCAGGAGCAAACUCCGGCGACCACCUCUCCUGUUCGACGCGAAACAACAUUGAGUGCAAGGGCGGCCAUUCGAGACCUCUUUUCGGGGGCCUCUGGGGAUCACGCUGCGUGGUUCCGGCAAUUGGAUGAGGAUUACAUCAAACCUCGACUUCUGCUUGAUCAGUCAAAUCACAAGGGGCCUGGCGCGGUCUGA